CCGGGGCGGCGUGGCCCGCGGCUCAUGGCCAAAGGAGAGGGCGCCGAGAGCGGCUCCGCCGCGGGGCUGCUGCCCACCGGCAUCCUCCAAGCCGGUGAACGCCCGGUCCAGGUGAAGAAGGAAUCAAAGAAGAAAAACCAGUUGUCCAUUUGCAACAAACUUUGCUAUGCAGUUGGGGGGGCCCCCUACCAGGUGACGGGUUGUGCCCUGGGGUUCUUCCUGCAGAUCUACCUGUUGGAUGUAGCUCAGGUGAGUGAGGAGUCAUCUUUUGCCUGUUCCCCAUCCCAGGUGGAUCCUUUCUCUGCUUCCAUCAUCCUAUUUGUGGGCCGAGCUUGGGAUGCCAUCACAGACCCCCUGGUGGGCUUCUGCAUUAGCAAAUCCCCCUGGACCCGCCUGGGCCGCCUCAUGCCCUGGAUCAUCUUCUCCACACCCCUGGCCAUCAUCGCCUACUUCCUCAUCUGGUUUGUGCCUGACUUCCAACAGGGCCAGACCCUGUGGUACUUGCUUUUCUACUGCCUCUUUGAGACGCUGGUCACGUGUUUCCACGUUCCCUACUCAGCUCUCACCAUGUUCAUCAGCACGGAGCAAAGUGAGAGGGAUUCUGCCACUGCGUAUCGGAUGACCGUGGAGGUAUUAGGUACAGUGCUGGGCACAGCAAUCCAGGGGCAGAUUGUGGGCCAAGCACAUACACCUUGUGUCCAGGACGCCAAUGCUUCUACAGUAGCCUUGGAAGGUGUCAAUCGCACGCAGAGCGCCACCUCGCUCAGAGAAACGCAAAACGCAUACCUGUUGGCGGCAGGCGUCAUUGCCUCCAUCUAUGUCAUCUGUGCUGUCAUCCUGACCCUGGGCGUGCGGGAGCAGAGAGAACCCUACGAGACUCAGCAGGCCAAGCCGAUGGCCUUCUUUCGGGGCAUCCGGCUGGUCAUGAGCCAUGGCCCGUACAUCAAGCUUAUUGCCGGCUUCCUCUUCACCUCCUUGGCUUUCAUGCUGGUGGAGGGGAACUUCGCUCUGUUUUGCACCUACACCUUGGGUUUUCGCAACGAAUUCCAGAAUCUGCUCCUGGCCAUCAUGUUCUCGGCCACAGUCACCAUCCCCAUCUGGCAGUGGUUCCUAACCCGGUUUGGCAAGAAGAUGGCUGUGUACAUUGGGAUCUCAUCAGCAGUGCCAUUUCUCAUCUUGGUGGCCCUCAUGGAGAGUAACCUGAUUGUCACAUAUGUGGUAGCUGUGGCAGCUGGCAUCAGUGUAGCAGCUGCCUUCUUACUACCCUGGUCCAUGCUGCCUGACGUCAUUGAUGACUUCCACUUGAAGCAGCCCCAUAUCCAUGGGACCGAGCCCAUCUUCUUCUCCUUCUACGUCUUCUUCACCAAGUUUGCCUCCGGAGUCUCCCUGGGCAUCUCCACCCUCAGUCUGGACUUUACUGGGUACCAGACCCGUGGCUGCUCCCAGCCAGCACCUGUCAAGUUCACACUGAAGAUGCUGGUGACCAUGGCUCCCAUAGUCCUCAUCCUCAUAGGCCUGCUGCUCUUUAAGCUGUACCCCAUUGACGAGGAGAAGCGGCGGCAGAACAAGAAGGCCCUGCAGGCUCUGAGGGAAGAGGCCAGCAGCUCGGGCUGCUCUGAUACAGACUCUACAGAACUAGCCAGAAUCCUCUAG